UUAAUUUUAUCUUUAAACUAUAUUGUUAACUGUUUAAUGUCGUUAAAAUGUAUUUAAUACCCAUUUAUAUAAAUUGCCUUUCGAAAAGUUUAUUCAUUUUGUUAAAAACGUGAAAGUAGGACGCUCCAGUCAUUAGAAAGUUAUAAUUAUUAACAAAAAAGCCGAAUUCUUCAAAAUUAAAAAAUGUUGUGGAGUUUGUGUUUUAUAUUUUUACUAUCUGGUGCUUCUUGUGCUUCUGUAAAUGACUUUUUAAACGGAGAUGUGAUAAAUAGGUGGUUAUUCACUAGUUUGGGAGAAGAAAACAGUUUAUGUAGGAACCAUAGCCAAUUUUAUUUACAAGAAUUGGACAAACUUAAGUUAUGGGCUACUGAAAUGUACGACGCUAGUGGAAAAUUUCCUAGUGGGAUACUAAACGGAUCACCCUUCGCUUUAGGUCAAUUCGAUGAAUGUCUUGACAUCAAAGUUCCUUAUGAGAAUAACCAAUUUACCGGUAAAUACUGUAUGACCAAAAUUACAGUAACGCCAAACUAUAAAUACAAAAUGAAAGAAAAAAUCGAUUUCGAAUUUGGAGACUACAACGACUUUUAUAACAUAUCAGCAUGGAGCAAAAUGAUAGCGUAUUCACAUGAAGCUUCCAAAGCAGCUAGAAAUGAAAUAUAUUUAUCUUUCUGCUUGCCGUCAUCAUGUACAGAAAUUGAUUUGUAUAACAGCUUAAAUAAUAUAACAAACAGAAUUAAUGGACAACUGAUCGAUUUUAGUUUAACAAUUAAAGACGCCAAAGACAAAUGUCAAGUUAAAUCUGAAUACGUCUAUUCUGUUGGUGAUAUUACCUUCAUAACAUUUAUAACUUUCUUUGCUCUACUGGUACUAGUUUGUUCCCUUUACGAUAUGUGUUCAAGAAGUGAUGAUGAUCCUAAAACGAAAAAAUCUCCAGGUAAAUUGCACGAGAUUUUGAUUUGUUUCUCUGUACCGAAAAAUUUAAAAAAAUUGGCUUCUUCUACUAACAACGAAGAUGGUUUGGAUUGCCUGGCUGGAGUUAAAGUAAUUUCUAUGUUUUUGAUAAUUAUGGGACACAGAUGUAUGUUUUGCUUCGGAGCUCCAAUAGUUAACCCACUGUACAUCGAAAGGAUGUAUUCGAGAUUUUAUGCGACAGCUAUUUUAAAUGGUCCAAUAAUAGUUGACACAUUCUUCCUAAUAUCGGGAUUUUUGGCUAGUUAUUUUACAUUAAGUGCGCUAAAAAACAGUAGAAGCAUUGCACAUAUAUUUUUGAUAUAUAUUCAUCGAUUAAUAAGGAUGACUCCAACUUAUGUAGUGGUAUUAGCUUUCUACUGUACAGUGUUUUCCAGCUUGGGUAGUGGACCUUUUUGGCAAGAAAGAAUCGGGGUGGAAAAAGAUAGAUGCUUACAGAAUUGGUGGGCCAAUGUAUUGUAUAUAAACAACUAUGUCAAUGUAGAUAAACUGUGUAUGUUCCAAUCCUGGUAUAUAGCCUGCGAUAUGCAUUAUUUCCUUUUAAUUCCUCUGUUGGUGAUUAUUUUGAAGAAAAAUGCAACCUGGGGCGUUUCAGCAAUUCUCACUUUAAUGGUUGGAUCAAUUUUAGUUGUUUUCGCCUCAGUUUAUAUCAAAAACGAAGACGCCAUUCUGUUACUCUACAUGAAGUUACUGAGGGACCCUAUCGGCAAUCAUACGUUCUCGAAUAUUUACAUCCCAUCUCACAUGAGAGCGAGUCCGUAUUUUGUAGGCGUGAUCACCGGAUACAUUAAAUAUAGGAUGAAGAAUUCCGCAUAUAAGCUACCCAAAUGGCUGUACAGAACGGGCUGGGUUGCGGCUACGUUUGUUUCACUGGCUACUAUUCAUUUGGGAUUUAUCUUCUAUUUGCCGGAAUUCGCCAACAAUUCAACUAUUAUAUCUGCGUUAUAUGCAGCCUUCCAUCACUUUACAUUUAGCGCUGGAAAUGCUUGGUUGAUCAUUGCUGUGUCUUCAGGAAAAGGAUCUUGGGUUGAACCAUUACUAUCUUGGAAACCUUUCAUUUUGCUAAGCAGAAUCAGCUACACUGCAUUUUUGUGUCAUGGAGCCGUUCAACUGUAUACAGCUGCUAUUAUGCGUGAACCAAACUAUGCUACUCUAUUUUCUACUAUUUAUGCAACAUUUGGCGAUAUAGUAAUGGCCUACAGCUUUGGAUUUCUGCUCAGUAUAUUGUUUGAAGCACCUAUUAUUGGAUUGGAAAAAAUUAUUCUUGGUGGUAAAAGAGAAAAUAGGAAAUCUUUAAACACAAAUCAAACAGAUAUUAUUGAAGAAGUCAAAAUAAAUGGUACAAAGGGUGUUAUUCAAGAAAAUAAUAACCUUACAAAUGUUGUUAUUCAGGAAAAGACUGUCAUUAAUAAUUAACUAUUAAAAAAAUUCUAUGAAUGUUAUAAUUUUUAGUUUUAUCCAGUGAUUUAAUUUUUUAUUGUUGUAAUUAUUUAUUGUAUGAAAAUAAAAAUCUUUUGAAACCUAUCUCUUUAAAUUAAUUUCCAUUUCACUCAAGUACCAGGUAAAAAAAACUUCAAAGAUAUUUUUACAAUAUACAUAUUUAUAUUCCUACAAAAUAAACUUUAACCUACACUGUAAACCACCCAGGCAU